GGUUGCUUGACAUGCUGAUUUACAGGAGGAUUGUUCAACUUCUGUGGAUGUGGAUCAUGAGAAAACAUGCUGGGGUUGUGGGCUCCAAGUUCUUGUUUCUCCAUGUACAGAUGUUUUCAAAUGUGGCUGGUGUGGAGCUAUAACAAAGCAAUACACAUUGAAAUGUGAAAACCAGUGCUUCAAGUGGAGACGCUUACGAGACCGAUGUAUUGUCAGUGUCGUCCUUCUAUUUAAGCUAUUCUUUAUAUGUGGUGGCAUUUGGGCAAUUUAUCCUAUCACCUUUUCCAUCAGUUUCUUUUGUGGUGUUUUUCACUUAAUAGUUGCUGUAAUCUUGUCUAUAUCUACUUUAUCUACAUUUUGCUUAGCGGCAUUUCGACCUGCUGGUGCUCCACCAAUUAUACUGUGGGGUAGCUAUCCCACUGUGGGGAAAGGUGGACUGGAGAACUACACCUUCUGUCACUAUUGAUCAAAGCCAAAAUCACCAAGGACACACCAUUGCCGUUCAUGCGGAAUGUGUAUAUUGGACAUGGAUCAUCACUGCCCAUUUAUCGGGAACUGUGUUGGCGUAGCAAAUCACCGGGAUUUCAUUCUCUUCCUCAUGUCUGCAGUCAUCAGUUUGAUUUAUGUCACUAUCACGUCAACAUACUCUGCACUUUAUAUCUCCCCACCAUUAAACCAUACGCCGGUUAACUUAUUGAAUAGCUUUGCUAACAGUGAAUUUAUUUUCAAAGCCUUAAAAGAUAUCGUUCUUGCUUUCCUGACAUCAGCGGUGUUUCUGUCAGCAAGAGGACUCCUACUUGUUUACCUGUUUAUCGCUAGUGUUUCAAUGGAGAUUGGUUUGAGCGUGCUCUUGUGGCAACAGCUUUGUUACAUAUACAAGGGAAAAACCUACUUGAGUCAUCUAAGUGCGACGGGUAGUGAAGAAUCAGCAGAAAAAGAUUGCCAAAACCUUGUUCGGUUUUUUGGUUGCCCAUAUGUUCCAGCGAUAUAUUUGCCGAGUUUUUGGAAAUCUGGGAAAAGUCAUAAGAAGUGAAGCUCUAGAGGUAUG